GUCACCUCUUUAUCCAGCCUCACCAUCUCCCGCCAGGCACGCACACACGUCUCUCAGUUAAGAGAUAGCAAAGCCGGCCACGCUUCCUUUUGCCCCCCUGGGUUGGGUACAAACACACUCCCGCCUUUCAUUACAGCCUGUUUGCGCUUGGAAUUUCGUUCACGGUCAGCAUUCGACGUUCGGAACCCAGGCACACACACCCAGUACCUAGCAGUCUAGCAAUUCGACUUCCGACAGCACCAUCACCCACCAUGGCCGACCUUAUCGACUCCGAAGCCGGCACCGAGCGCUUCAUCUCCUACGAAGCCGAGCUCAAACUCGUCCUCGCCGACCUGACGCAACAACUCGACUCGCUCCCGGACCUAACGGCCGAGCCCCGCAAAGCCGGCAUCUCGCGCGCCGAGCGCGCCCUCGAGGAAGCGUCGGAGCUGCUGGGCCAGAUGCAGCUGGAAAAGGCCAACGUGCCCGCGCCGCAGAAGAGCAAAGUCAACGCGCGGUUCCGCAACCUCCAGUCGGACGUGGAUGCGGCGAAGCGCAAACUGGCGUCGCUCAGUUCGGACCGGCGCGCGCUGUUCGGGUCGCGGUAUACGGACGACCCGGAAGCUGGGGGCGGGGCGGACGCGCAACUCGCGCAGAGGCAGCAGUUGUUAUCUGGUACGGAACGCUUGGGCCGGUCGAGUCAGCGGUUGAGGGAGAGUCAGCGGAUUGCGCUCGAGACGGAGGAGAUUGGGGCGGGGACAUUGGGGGAUCUGCAGAGGCAGAGGGAGCAGAUUGUGCAUUCUAGGGCGGUGCUGCUCGAGAGUGAGGGGUAUGCGGAUCGGAGUAUCAAGACGUUGAGGGGGAUGGCGAGAAGAAUGGCUACCAAUCGAAUCAUCACCAUCGCCAUCAUCACGGUCCUCGUCCUCCUCAUCAUCGCAGUCAUUUUCAGCAAGUUUAGGCAUUGAGCGGACGUUACCUGUCUCGGUAGGCAGGGUCUUUCGGAUUGAGG